CCAGGGAGGGUUGAGUGACAGGUGCGGGAUUGGGGGACGCUGGUGAGUGGCGGCGCCGAGCGGGAGAAGACGGCCGCCCCCGGUCUGUUCGCCUGGGAGACGGGAGAGUAGGGCGGUGAAAUGAGCACUUAAUGCACGAGUGACAGAGGAAAAUAGCAGAGGGCUUACAAGAGAGGGAAGCAGAGAAAAACGGGGAGAGGGAGUGAGGAAAACGGGAGAGGGAGAGAGGAAAACGGGAGAGAGGGAGAGAGGAAAACGAGAGAGAGGGAGUGAGGAAAACGGGGAGAGGGAGAGAGGAAAACGGGAGAGAGGGAGUGAGGAAAACGGGAGAGAGGGAGUGAGGAAAACGGGAGAGAGGGACUGAGGAAAACGGGGAGAGGGAGAGAGGAAAACGGGAGAGAGGGACUGAGGAAAACGGGGAGAGGGAGAGAGGAAAACGGGAGAGAGGGACUGAGGAAAACGGGGAGAGGGAGAGAGGAAAACGGGAGAGAGGGAGUGAGGAAAACGGGAGAGAGGGACUGAGGAAAACGGAGAGAGGGAGAGGAAAACGGGAGAGAGGGAGAGAGGAAAAUGAGAGAGAGGGAGUGAGGAAAACGGGGAGAGGGAGAGAGGAAAACUGGAGAGAGGGAGAGGAAACAAGGAUAGGGAAGCAAAUAGAAAAACAAGGGAAAGAGGAAAACGGAGAGAGAGAAAGGAAAACGGGAGGGACAGGAGGGAGAGGGGUGAAAGGGGACCAGAGGGAAAAUAUAAGUGGAAAUAAAAGAUAAAAAGAACUAAAGCACGACAGAAGGGACGAGAGAGAAAUUAGAGAGACCAUUAACGAGAGAAGCAUAUCAGAGAGAGAGAGAGAAGUAUCUCCAAGCAAACAGGGUGAAGGAAGAUUAAAACAGACCAAGCAAUCGGAGUUGGUUAGAACGGGAAACGGGCAUUUUCGGACGCCUAGGGGGUUGAAGAGCAGAACGGUGCCGGGGAGAUGGAGAAGUAUGAAAAGUUAGGGAAGAUUGGGGAGGGCUCCUACGGUGUGGUGUUCAGAUGCAGAAACAAAGACACGGGCCAGAUUGUAGCAAUCAAGAAAUUCGUGGAAUCAGAGGACGAUCCUCUUAUAAAGAAGAUUGCCCUGAGGGAGAUCCGUAUGUUGAAGCAACUCAAGCAUGUGAACCUGGUCAACCUGUUGGAGGUAUUCCGGAGGAAGCGGAAGUUGCAUCUGGUCUUUGAAUACUGUGACCACACGGUUCUGAACGAACUGGACAAGUACCCCAGAGGGGUUGCAGAGGAUCAGGUGAAGAGCAUCAUUCGGCAAACCUUGCAGGCCGUCAGCUUCUGCCACAAACACAACUGCAUCCACAGGGACGUGAAACCCGAGAACAUCCUCAUCACCAAGCAGGGCGUCAUCAAACUCUGCGACUUCGGCUUUGCGCGGAUCCUGACUGGGCCGGGAGACGACUAUACGGACUAUGUGGCAACGCGGUGGUACCGCGCCCCUGAGCUGCUGGUCGGCGACACGCAGUACGGCCCUCCGGUGGAUGUCUGGGCUAUAGGCUGCGUCUUCGCCGAGCUCAUCUCGGGCAAUCCGCUGUGGCCAGGCCGUUCGGACGUGGAUCAGCUCUACCUCAUCAGGAAGACACUAGGAGAUCUCAUCCCUCGGCACCAGAAGGUUUUCAGCUCCAACCAGUUUUUCAGCGGGGUCCACAUUCCAGAGCCUGAUGUCUUGGAGCCUCUCGAAAUGAAGUUCCCACACAUCUCUGCUCAGGCCCUCCACUUCAUGAAGGGCUGCCUGAUGAUGAACCCAGCAGAGAGGCUGGCCUGCGAUCAACUCCUCCAGCACCCGCACUUCGACAGCUACCGGGAGGAGGUGGAGGGCAGCAGGGAGCUGGAGAGGUUCAGGAGGGUGCCACGCCGACGCCCUCAGGGGAUGCAGUACCUGCCCCAGCUAACGAGCAGCAACAUCUCGCCCGCUCCGGAGAGCAAGAAGUACCAGCGGCACAAGCACGACCACCACCUGCCCAAUAUCUGACUAUAUGGCAGCAAGAGCCAGUGGAGCCAGCCCAGCACCUACUUGUACAACCGCACCUUCCCCACCAAAUGGAAAUCCUGACCCAGGGCCCAGAGAGCUGGUCAUUCAGUUUGGCCACGUGGGUGGGGAGGGGGUGGCUGAGGUGGUGGGAUAAGGAACGCAGGAUGUUCUGAUUGGAACAACAUCUAACUUGCUCUGAGAUGGUCUUCCGUGCUGGGUAGGAACACUCAUCCACUUGCAGAUAGCAAUAAGUCAUAUCAUGGGACCAUAGUGGAUGUUCCAGCCCUUCUGACCCUUUGUCGGCCAAGAAACCGUGUAUAUGAAGUUACUGGGACUGUACAGGCAUGUCGCUCCCGUAUUUUCAGCGCCUUUUAAGUUUGGAAGUUCUUUUCUGUAGGCCAGUAGAUCAUGUGUGACCGUUCUAAUCAGAAGACAUGUAAUCUCCCGAAGACGAUGAAGGGAAAACUGCAGAAACAUAAGGCAUUGGGUGGCCAGAGUUUACAUAUCCCAGUGGCUGAAUGGGAAUAGUUAGAAACCGAUUCCUGGGCGAGGUUGGGAGAGGCACAGCUAACACUUUACGGUACCGGCAACCCAGGGUUCAAUUCCCGCCGCUGCCUGUAAGGAGUCUGUACGUUCUCCCUGUGUCCGUGUGGGUUUCUCCGAGUGCUCCGACAGUCCAAAGACCUACCAGUUUGUAGGUUAAUUGGACAUUGUAAAUAGUCCCGCGAUUAGGCUAGGAUUAAAUCGGGGGUUGCUGGGUGGCGUGUUUCAAAGGACUGUGCAGUAUCUCAAUCAAAUCAAUAAAUAAAUAAAUUUUCUGACUGCUUUGCUGGUGUAAGAUAAGUGUGGGGUGUGACCAUAAGACAUAGGAGCUGAAUUAGGCCUUUCAGCCCAUCGAGUCUGCUCUGCCAUUCCAUCAUGGCCGAUUUAUCACCUCCCCCCUCGACACCAUUCUCCUUCCUUCUCCUCACAACUUUUUGACGUCUGCUAGUUCCAUCCUAUCAGUGUUGAAUCCUGGUGUGUGGACCCCCAGCAGCCAACACCCAAAUGCCCAAUUCUCUCCCCCUUCUCCCCCCACUGUAAGAGCUGGUUUGAUGAGGUGUCAGGCUGAGAAAAAUGAUUCCAGCCUUCAUUUUAAAUGUGAAAUAAACUUGCUCAUUUUAGCCAAUGGCUGUAAGCCUUGGGGACAGAGAUCCCCACCAGAAUUCAGGGCGUUUUUUUUUUAACGUGCAGUACUUCUGCUUUUACUAAGUCACUGUUUGGGAAUCUGCGCAUCUCUGGGCAGGCAGAGGGUUGUUGACCUUCAGCUCUGUAGCUCGAUAGCAGCUUCAGAGGGGAAGUAACCUCACUACGUGGGUGGGCCACACUACUUCAGGGCAAGUGCCAUACUUCACUGGUGCAAAGAUUCCACCUGACGGUCCAAAGUCAACUCAAAUCAAGCCACUUUUUAUUGUCAUUUUGACCAUAACUGCUGGUACACUACACAGUAAAAAUGAGACAACAUUUUUCAGGACCAUGGUGCUACAUGAAACAGUACAAAAACUACACUGAACUAUGUAAAAACUACGCUAGACUACAGACGUACCCAGGACUGCAUAAAGUGCACAAAACAGUGCAGGCAUUACAAUAAAUAAUAAACAGGACAAUAGGGCAGUAAGGUGUCAGUCCAGGCUCUGGGUAUUGAAGAGUCUGAUAGCCUGGGGGGAAGAAACUGUUACAUAGUCUGGUCGUGAGAGCCCGAAUGCUUCGGAGCCUUUUCCCAGAUGGCAGGAGGGAGAAGAGUUUGUAUGAGGGGUGCGUGGGGUCCUUCAUAAUGCUGUUUGCUUUGCGGAUGCAGCGUGUAGUGUAAAUGUCCGUGAUGGUGGGAAGAGAGACCCUGAUUAUCUUCUCAGCUGACCCCACUAUCCACUGCAGGGUCUUGCGAUCCGAGAUGGUGCAAUUUCCGAACGAGGCACUGAUGCAACUGCUCAGGAUGUUCUCAAUACAACCCCUGUAGAAUGUGAUGAGGAUGGGGGGGGGGAGAUGGACUUCCCUCUGCCUUUGCAGAAGGUAGAGAUGCUGCUGGGCUUUCUUUGCUAUGGAGCUGGUGUUGAGGGAUCAGGUGAGAUUCUCUGCCAAGUGAACACUAAGAAAUUUGGUGCUCUUAACGAUCUCUACCAGAGAAGUCCAAGUCAGGAAGUCUAGGAUCCAGUUGCAGAGGGAGGUUCAGGCCCAGUAGGCUCAGCUCUCCAAUCAGUUUCUGAGGGAUGAUUGUGUUGAAUGCUGAACUGAAGUCUAUGAACAGCAUUCAAACAUACGUGUCUUUUUUGUCCAGGUGGGUUAGGGUAAGGUGGAGGGUGAUGGCAAUGGCGUCAUCUGUUGGGCAGUUGGGAUGGUAUGCAAACUGCAGGGGGUUCAGUGAGGGGGGGCAGCAGGGUCCUGAUGUGCCUCAUGAUGAGCCUCUUGAAACACUUCAUGAUGAUGGUUGUGAGUGCAACGGGACGGUAGGAGGAUUCUGGAGUGGGCUGAGGGGGGAAGAGAGCUAUACCUUGGCCUCUUGCAUUGAGAAAUCACCUGCCCACUCCUCCUGCCAACUUUAAUUCACAAGGGAAUCCUGCACACAGGAUCAGAUACAAACCAUCUGAGAAGAAUUGGGUGUCGUUUUUAACUGGAUGAAAUUGUGUCGUGUUCAACAUGUCUGUGCAUCAAUUGGGAAUAUCUGUUUGAUUGUAGCCAUGGUUUGAUCAAUAAGCACUCUGUUUAUUAAGGUGAAUUAUGAAGUUAGAACAAGCCUACAAGCAUUGACUUGGCUCCCUCCUGUCCGGUUUGUGGGGUGAAUAGACAAUAGACAGUAGGUGCAAGAGUAGGCCAUUCGGCCCUUCUAGCCAGCACCGCCAUUCACUGUGAUCAUGGCUGAUCAUACACAAUCAAUACACCUGUUCCUGCUCUCUCCCCAUAUCCCUUGACCCCGCUAUCUAUAAGAGUAUCUAACUCUCUCUUGAAUGCAUCCCGAGACUUGGCCUCCACUGCCUUCUGGGGCAGAGCAUUCCACAUAUCCACCACUCUCUGGGUGAAAAAGUUUUUCUGCAUCUCUGUUCUAAAUGGCCUACCCCCUUAUUCUUAAACUGUGGCCUCUAGUUCUGGACUCACCCAUCAGCGGAAACAUGCUUCCUGCCUCCAGCGUGUCCAAUCCCUUAAUAAUCUUAUAUGUCUCAAUCAGAUCCCCUCUCAUCCUUCUAAAUUCCAGUGUAUACAAGCUCCAAUCUUUCAACAUAUGACAGUCCCGCCAUUCUGGGAAUUAACCUUGUGAGCCUACGCUGUACUCCCUCAAUAGCAAGAAUGUCCUUCCUCAAAUUUGGAGACCAAAACUGCACACAAUACUCCAGGUGGGGUCUCACCAGGGCCCUGUACAGCUGCAGAAGGACCUCUUUACUCCUAUACUCAAUUCCCCUUGUUAUAAAGGCCAGCAUGCCAUUAGCUUUCUUCACUGUCUGAAUGUCUGGUUUUGCAAGAGAAUGGGUGAAGGCCAUGCAUCUCAUAUACAAAUCCACCACAAACACAAAGGGUAGAGUGAUUGUUGCUCGUAGGGACUUGUGCUUUCUUCAUCUCAGUGGUGACUGUACGUUAAAAAUACUCGGUUGUCUCUGAGAGAUCCCCAGGUUGUGAAAGAUGCCAGGAAAACAUAAAAUCUCUUCAUAAAAUGAAUCCUGAUGAAAAGUUUUUGGCCUGAGAGGUCGGCUGAUCAUCCCCCUCCAUAGAUGCUGCCUGACCCACAGAGAGUUCCUCCAGCAUUUUCUGCAUGUCACUCAGGAUUUCCAGCAGUACAGUGAAUGGUGGGGCGCUGAGGUGUGUGGUAGAACAAAGGGAUCCAGGAAUACAGGUCCAUAAUUUGAUGAAAGUAGCGUCACAGGUAGAUCGGGUCAAAAAGAAAGCUUUUAGUAGCUUGGACUUCAUAAAGCAAAGCAAUGAGUAGAGGAGUUCGGAGUUUAGGUUGAAGUUGUAUAAGAUGUUGGUGAGGGCUGGAUUGGAGUAUUGUGUGCAAUUUUUGGUCACCUACCUACAGGAAAUAGGUAAAUAAGGUUGAAAGAGUACAGAGAAAAUUUACAACAAUAUUGCUGGGUCUGGAGGACCUGAGUAAUAAGGAGAGAUUGAAUUGGUUAGGACUUUAUUCUUUGGAACAUAGAAAAUUGAGGGGACAUUUGAUAGAGGUAUACAAAAUUAUGAGGGGUAGAGAUAGGGUAAAUGCAAGCAGAUUUUAGCAAAUGGGUGGGACUGCGUUAAGGGUGAAAGAGUGAAAGGUGAAAAGUUUAAGGGGAACACGAGGGGAAACUUCUUCACUCAGAGGGUGGUGAGAGUGUGGAAUGAGCUGCCAGCACAAGUGGUGUAUGCGAGUUUGAUUUCAACGUUUAAGAGAAGUUUGGAUAUGGAGAGCUGUGGUCCCAUAACCAUGUACCAUGGAAGUAGGCAGUUUGUCAGAUAGAGUGGUCAGCAGCACUGGGGCUCCACAGGGGACUGUCCUGUCUCCCUUUCUCUUCACCAUCUACACCUCGGACUUCAACUACAACACAGAGUCUUGCCAUCUUCAGAAGUUUUCUGAUGACUCUGCCAUAGUUCGAUGCAUCAGCAAGGGAGAUGAGGCUGAGUACAGGGCGACGGUGGGAAACUUUGUCACAUAGUGCAAGCAGAAUCAUCUGCAGCUUAAUGUGAAAAAGACUAAGGAGAUGGUGGUGGACCUGAGGAGGGCCAAGGCACCGGUGACCCCUGUUUCCAUCCAAGGGGUCGCUGUGGACAUCGUGGAGGAUUACAAAUACCUGGGGAUACGAAUGGACAAUAAACUGGACUGGUCAAAGAACACUGAGGCUGUCUACAAGAAGGGUCAGAGCCGUCUCUAUUUCCUGAGGAGACUGAGGUCCUUUAACAUCUGCCGGACGAUGCUGAGGAUGUUCUAUGAGGCUGUGGUGGCCAGUGCUAUUGUGUUUGCUGUUGUGUGCUGGGGCAGCAGGCUGAGGGUAGCAGACACCAACAGAAUCAACAAACUCUUUAGCAAGGCCACUGAUGUUGUGGGGGUGGAACUGGACUCUCUGACGGUGGUGUCUGAAAAGAGGAUGCUGUCCAAGUUGCAUGCCAUCUUGGACAAUGACUCCCAUCCACUCCAUAAUGUACUGGUUAGGCACAGGAGUACAUUCAGCCAGAGACACAUUCCACCGGUAACACCGAGCAUCAUAGGAAGUCAUUCCUGCCUGUGGCCAUCAAACUUUACAACUCCUCCCUCGGAGUGUCAGACACCCUGAGCCAAUAGGCUGGCCCUGGACUUUAUUUCCACUUGGCAUUAUUAACUUAUUAUUUAAUUAUUUAUGGUUUUAUAUUGCUAUAUUUCUUCACUAUUCUUGGUUGGUUCGGCUGUAACAAAACCCAGUUUCCCUUGGGAUCAAUAAAGUAUGUCUGUCUGUC